UGAGUGUAAAAUAGGCGGGUUCAGAGCGUAUUCACAUCCAAUCGCGGUAACCUACAUUGGGUCAGUGUCACUGCCGUGGGAAUAAAUAUGGAUUAUGAUUGAAUAAUACAAAAAUUAUUGCGUUCCAGUAAAACCACUUGGCGAUUCUCUGAAUCCCAUGUAGUGGACAGAGAUUAUUCGAGCGGACCACAUGGAUUUGCAUUGCAGACGGUAGCCUAUUUGAACAGCUACCGUAGCUAGCUAUCUACUGACGGUCUAGUCUCUCCUGCCGGGAUUGGGUGUGUUUAGCGAAAUCGUUUCGCUUUUGUCCAUCAUUAUUGCAUGCACUGCUGUCUGUUUUCGGUAGCCAUGUGUCUUCUACGUGGAAAUAGGGACUGAAGUAUUUCUAGUGUUGAUGAUGCACAUAAACUGUAGCCUAGCUAAUUGCUUAAAUGGUGUUCUUUUAUACCGUAAUUCGUUAACUUAAUUCGUUGGAGUGCCAUCCCUAACCUGUGCCAUUUUUUUUAGUUGUGAUUUAAGCCGUCGACUUCCUGGUGACUACAAUUACUCUGUGGAUAUUGAGCUCGUUAUAUAUGGUAUCAGAACGGGAUACGAUUUGCCAGUUUUUAUUAACUUACUGAUUUACUAGCCUACAGUUAAGAGAUACGAUUAGAUAACUCGCAUGGGCGUUAUCAUCUCUCAGGCGACUCGAAACAUAUUUCGCUAGCCUUGUUGAUAUUUCACUGGGGUUAAUUUUAAGUGCAUCCUCUUGCAAGCAAAGGUGCUUGACAGCUUUUCCCAUUUAUCGUCACAGCGCAUUUGCGUAUGGUUGCAGGACCCAACCUAUUUUCGCCUGCAGGCAGCCAGACAGCAUAUAGCUGCGCUCUAUUUAAUUUGGAGGCAUUUUAGCCGGAACAUUUCGCCGUUCAUGUUUCGUCAGGAAAUCAGUGUACUGUCGUUCAUUCCGUCUUGUUCUUACCUUUUCCAAUACGAGAAGAGGAACAUGUCUCGGUACAAUAUCUAUAGCCUGUUAGACUGGGUCUACGGUGGUGUGGACCCCAAGUUCGAAGGAAACGGGGGGCCCGAAUGUGCCGCCUUCCUAUCCCCACAACAGCGCUUCAACGAGAGCUUGGUGAUGAUUUUUAUAUCCAUCAUAGAGGUGAUACUAGCGCUGAGAAAGAUCAACAUUUCGAAAGAACUGAAAGAAAUCGCCAAGGAUGGAGGCGGAUGCAAGGCCAAGGAAGACAGCUUGGGCAAGAACUUGUUGCUGGUGGCUCUGUGUAUGACAUUUGGGGUGGAGGUCGGCUUCAAGUUUGCCACCAAGACGGUGAUCUACCUACUGAAUCCCUGUCACGUUGUCACCAUGGUACAGAUAUUCCUGCUGGCCUGCCCCCCCUGCAGAACUACUGUCAUCAUCUUUAGACUGCAGGUCCACAUGCUGAAUGGAGCCCUGCUGGCCCUCCUCUUCCCCGUCGUCAACACACGCCUGCUCCCGUUCGAGAAGGAGGUGUACUACAUCCAGCAUUCCAUGCUCUACCUCGUGCCCAUUUACCUCUUCAGGAAAGGAGGCAUGUACCGGCCGGAGCCUCUGGGAGACAUGUGGUGGGCGGUGCUGUCCACAGGGAUCCUGUUCCUGUACCACUUCCUGUUCCUGCAGGGACUGGGCCUGGUGACGGAGGUGAACCUGAACAACAUGCUGUGCCCGGCCGUGUCAGACCCGUUCUACGGGCCCUGGUACCGGGUCUGGGCCACGGGGCACCAGACGCUGCUGACGCUGGUGCACGGGAAGGCCCUGACUCUGCUGUCGCACAGCUCUGCCCCCGCCUGGCCCCCCCUGCUGGACAGGCUGCGCAGCAAGAAGCUGGACUGAGCCGGACCCGACCGGACCCGACCGGACCCGACCGGAACCAACCCGACCGGACCCGACCGGAAACCAACCCGACCUGCCUCUCCCUUCAUCCCCCCGACGACUGUUUUAUUGAGCUCUUAUUUUAAACUCGUAUCGUGUCAGUCCACAUCAUCGUUUUAUUUUUUUUAAAGUUCUUUUAGGGUCAGUGAAAACCGCAGUGGGACUACUCGACGUGCUGCCGUUGGCUUGCGUAGUUGGCGUUCAUGGUGGUUCGAGCACGACGUGCUACACUCGGCUUGCGUAGUUGGUGCUUGUGGUGGGUUGGGCUCAGCGAUACGCCUGCCUUAUUCCUGAGCGGACUUUUCCCCGACCCCCCCAGGACUCCUGACUCCUUAUAAAGAUGCCUUUUUAAGUUCUUAAUUAGGGUGCUGACACGAGAACAGCGUUGCCAAAUGCACAGUUUAUGUUCCUGUUCAUUUAACUGUGAGUACACCUUUACCCAAAAAAAAAAAAAAAAAAAAAGUUGCCAUCUUUUGAAGUUUGUAUUGUGUCGCUGUUUAAACUGCUGUACAAGGUUGUGGUGUUUAAUCCAGCUCACUGUGUGGAGGGCAUGUGCCGGGGAGGGGUGUCUCAGCUGCAAGCUGGAAGUUAGGAACUCGCAAUCUUUCCUUUGAGCAAGCUUUUGCUGAAGUAUUUUUUUCGGAAAGCCUAAAGUAUAAAUGAUCGAUCGACCUGUGGAUCCACCUCUUCCCAUCUGCCCCGUCUGUAACUGACGUGGCUUCGAAAACCGUUCGAAGGAGAAACGGGCGAUUCCAUUUGCCAUAGUUCCCCAUCUUGACUUCUCUUUUUCUUUCAUCUUUUCCCAGCUCCUCCUGAUGGGUGGGGCUAGGGGAAAGAAAAGGGGAACAAAAAAAGGAGAAAAAUAAGGGAGUGAGCCUGAAAGAGGUGGCCAUUUUGUGAGAUAGGGAGGGAGGUGCUGGUUCUCCUUCUGUGGAGGAAAACCCAAAGCCCCUCCCACCCUGUGCAGUACCACCGCAGGGAACUCUGGGAAAGUGGGCCCAGCCAAUGAGGAAUGCACCUGAGAAGCCCCUCCCACUGGGCGUAUGUCAGAUGCAGACAUUGGGCCCAGAUUUUAGCCCUGUGGGGAAAGUGUUGUGAAAAAGGGAUUUCAUUUUUCUCAGAAGUGUAUAUAUACUGUAUGAAGCUUUCACCAAGAGAUGUGGGGACUUUUUUUGUACGUUUAUCCAGUGAUUCUGUACUGUGUUGUAUUGGAAAUAAAGUAUUAUCUCCGUUUGA